CCGGGCGGGAGGCGGGGGCCGGGGGCGGGCGCGUCCACCUGCGCGCGCCGGGCCCCGGGCGCAUGGAGGAUCCGCGCUGAGCGCCGCGGCACCGGAGCGCCCGCCGGGCGGGGGGAGCCCCCUCGGGCGCGGGGCCCCCGCUCAGUCUUCAUCGUCAUCAAAUACAACUCCUUUCAUUCUCCUCUUCCAUUCACCUACCCAAAGACCAAAUCUGGAAAUAGUAACCAAAAGAGAAGCCCACGUCACACACAGAGCAGGGAAAGGUUGAAAUAAUUGAAGGGUUGGCCAGAUGCAGUGGAGCAUGGAGUGAACAGAAAGAGGUUAAAUUGAUGGAUGACCAACAAGAGCAGGAUUGUGCCUCAGAAGACCAAGAAACUAUCCUGAUUAAUGGGGUGAAAGAAAAUGAGCCGCACGCCCUGGGCGGCGAUGAGAGGCCCUGCAGCGCCGCCGAGGCCGCGGUGCCGUUCCCAGCCCUGAGUGCGGCCCAGAGGGAGAGCCACGCGUGCCACCGAGCCCCGCCGGCCAAGAAGCCCUGCCUGCUGAGCCCCCCGUCGCCGCUGCGGCUCACCGAUGUCCCCGAGCACGCCUCGGAUGACUCCUCCGCCCACGCCAUCUCCCUCACGUCCUGCGUGACCAAGGGCAUGAGCUCCUGGUCGCUGCCGGGCGACUGCGAGAAGGCCCCGUUCACCAUGAUGGAGCCCGGGGGAAUGUCGGCGCUGACGGGGGACUGCCUGAUGCAGCCGAGCCGGACCUGUCUGGGCUGCUUUAUUGAAUCCAAGGACGGCAUUGAUGCGGAGCCGGGAAUAAGCUUGAAAGUGGGGGAUAUAAAUAGGGAUUAUGACACCUGUUCGGUCUCUGAUAUAGGGAUUCACUGCAUGAGCACAGGAGAAACCAUGAGAUAUGGGGAUCAACUGCUUUCAGACCAGCUUUUAAGCUUCCCUAUGCAUAAAUCGAGGGCAGCGGACAAAAGAGAUGCAGAAAAAUCUGACAGUGAUUCAGAGGACCCCACUCAGAAAAAUUAUUACGAGGGAUUACUAUUAGACAAAUGCAAUGGUGAGGAACCUUUACUAACAAAUCCCAACCAGGAAUGGGGCUAUUUCGAAUCUUUCAUUAGUGAAAGUAAAAUUGAGCUGCUUGACCUCUGCUCCAAAAAUGAGCUUUCUGUAAAUCUGUUUUCUGAGGAAGACGUGGACAAUUACAUGUUCGAUGAUGACGAUUCCACCUUGGGAAGUGAUGUCUGCUCCCUAAAGAUUAGAUACGAAUCUUUCCAGGACAACGUGCGGGAGAAGACCACCACCCUACAAGAGGACGCCCAGUUCAACUUCUUCCCCAGCGUGUUCAGCAACUGCACCAAAAGGGACAGCAGGAGCACCCUGAAAAGGGGGCCCAGCGGUGCCACCGACCCCUCUCAGUUCAAAUCUGAGGAAGGCAUCAUCUGGGGGGAGGAGGAGGAGGAUGGCGAGGAAGAGGACGGCGAGGAGGAGGGGAAAGCUGCCUUAAAUAAAUCUUGCAACAGCACAGAGAUGGUGCAGUACGUGGGCUCCAAGAGGAGCCACUUCUUGGACUCGGUGAAUUCCACGGAGGACUCCGGGGAGUUCAGUGAUGACAGCACUUGCACGGAGUCCUCCUACGACGUGCUGCGGGACAUCAAGGACUGCAGCCGGUACCUGGCCCGGGACCACUCCGGCUCCUUCAUCCAGCAGAACUACGGGUUGCGGGCGAAGAGGAAAGUGCGGUACAGCGACGACUACCUGUACGAUGUGGACUCCAUCGAGAACGAGAAGAUCCUGGACAAGAAGGAGUGGCUCCCGGAUGGGCCCAAGGAGGAGGACGACGACGAGUGGUGCCCCAAGAAACGGCGAAAAGUCUCUCGCAAGGAGCCCCCCGUGAUCAUCAAGUACAUCAUCAUUAACAGGUUUAAAGGGGAGAAGCAUAUGCUGGUGAAGCUCAGCAAAGUGGAUGCCAACGAGACAACUGUUACUCUGAACGAGGAGCUGCUCAGCAAAUACAAGAAGCUGGCCCCACUGAAGGGCUUCUGGCAGGAGAGGCAGCAGAGCCGGCUGGAUUUGCUCAGAUCGUCUCUCUACCACAAGCAGAAUUUCUAUCUUAACGGCUCAGAUGCUUCGUUCCUCCCUCACCCACGGAAGCGAAAAUGCAAGCUAGCAAACAGGCACCGGAUUCAAAGAAUUAAAGCCAUCGAGCAAUCAGUGAACAAGCUGGGCUCUUGCUCCUCUGAUCACAAGCAGCCUUGCAGCAGUAAGGAGGACGUGGGCCUGAAAGGGCUGCCGGCGUUAGCCAUCGCCACCCCCAGCUGUGCCAACGGAUUACACGUCCACGACAUCGCGGGCAUCGCCGCCGUGAAAUGCAAAUCGCAGGAACGGGAGCACAAGGGGACGGAAAGGAAAGUGCUCCGCAGGAUCAAAUUCAAAAGUGAGGCCAGGUUGAAGUGCAAGAAGAUCAAAGCUGCUGCCAGUACAGUGGAGGACUCGCCAGCACCGGAAAACCAGGACUCUGCAGCGCGUCUGAAGGACGAAAACAGUCCCUGUGUUUCAGACAGCUCCCAUCUCCCGGAGUGCCACGAGGAUAAGGUUGCUAAAAAUUCUCCUUUCCUACCAUCCACCUCCUCUUCAGACAAGCCUCUGCCAUCUGCUAAUAUCACCACCAAUGUACCCCUGAUCCCUGGAGGGUAUCUGCAGACGUUGUUAGAUGCUUCGGAUUUGUCGAGCAACACCGGCAUCCCAUACUUCGCCCAGCACCCCUCCGAGCAGCCGCAGCACCCACUCCCCAGCAUCGUCCCGCCAGAGAAGCCCUUCCCGGCCCUGCAGCCGGCGCAGAGCUGUGUGCUCUCCCCGCCCUCCGAGUCGGAGCUGCAGCAGUCGCCCGGCCACUUGGAGAUGGAGCAGAGCAGCUUCGGCAGCCUGUGGCCGGCCAAGGCCGGCAGCGACCGCCAGGGCUUCCCCGGCGACCUGCCGGAGGCAGCCGGGCUGCCCGGAGAGUUCGGCGGCGGAGGCGGCGCCCCGGGCACGGACGGGCUCCCCGCCUCUGGAUACACUCAAGUCAAUCUGAAUAGCGGCAAAUUGCUAUACCAAAAAAAUUACAUGCCGGAUAGCCAACAAGUGCAGUCUGAUGAUUCUUAUCAGUCAUGUCAUUUUAAUAAUGGAGAGGGGCGCUUUCAUUUCCAACGAGGUACACUAAGUACAGAUGAUGGCAGGCUCAUUAGUUUUGAUUCAGUGGGUUCAUUGUCAGUUAGUUCUAGUAAUUACAGUUCUUUAAGUUUAAAGUCUUGUGAAAAGGACGGCGAGGAUGAUAUUAAUGAUGAUUUCUUGGCCCACUGCAGUCCCAAGUUAGUGAUCCAGCAGAGCAUAGAUGAAAUCACCCCUUUGAAGGAGUCCACGGACCUUUUAGACAUUUCCAACUUCACGCCUGAUAGGUUCCGCCAGUCGUCGCUUUCAGAGAUGUCCCCUCCCGACACUCCCAACCUGUCCCCGCAGAUAGCUGGCUCCGAUGCCAAGCCUCUGGGCACCCUGAAGGGCUUUCAGGAGAGCCCCCAGGCCGCCCUUAACAGCUCUGAGAAGGUCAAGUGGAACUGUGGGGUCCUACAGACUGAGGAUCAGACAGAUAAUGGGUUUGCUUUAAAUAAUCACCAGUUCCAGUUCCAUAUGUUCAACGAUGAAGAUUCUGUCAGCCUUCUCGAAAAGAGUCCAUGCUUGUCAACAUUUAAUGAGCCAUCUGGUCAAAUUAGCACCAAUAGCAAAGUGUCAAAAUCGAAGAGGAAAAGUUCAUCCAGCAAGAAUGUGGGUACAAACCAAAGCUCUUCCCAGAAAGCCACCCGGAAAAAAUCGCCCAAAACCAACAAAGGAACCGAUAAGCCACAAGGGAAAAACUCCAGGCAGGCACCCAAAUCCACGAGGAAAGGGAAAAACGUGGCGGGAGUCAACGGCGAGAAGGUUCCGGCCGUUGGUGGCAGGGCAGUCCCUCAGCUGAGCACGGUGGCCACGGCCACCAAGGGCCUGGCCGAGGGCGCUCCGCACUGCGGCCCGGCCGGGGUGAAGCUGGGCAAGCACAACGGGCUCUCCGGAGAGUGGGCGCUGGGAAAAGAGGGGGGCACGGGCUGGUCAGAACCCAGCCUGGGCAACGCCACCAGCCUCCUGGACGACGAUCAGAGGGAGUUCGAGGAGCCUUCCAACAUCCUGUCCAACAUCGCGUCAGGAAUGGCCGACGUCCAGAGGUUUAUGAUGGCCUCCAUCGAGCCCUUGUGGGGGCCUGUGGGCCACAACAGCGUUCCAGACAUAUUCCGGUCGCCGGAGUCCAACAGCCUGAAACUGAAAACUCUUAAAAUUUUGGCAGGGACGUCCCAAGAGUCGAAGAAGAAGGCGAACGGUGGCUCUCCGGGGGCAGCGAAGAACCACAAGUCAAACAACAAGGGCUCAAGCAAAAACGGCAAAGCCGCAACCUGCGACCCCGGUCGCCCCAACUGCUCGACUGGGUUCACCACGGACAUUCACGCUCCCUUUUUUGAUAAAAACUAUAGUAACCUGAGCACUUUAGGCAAUAAUGGACCUACCCAUAAAAAACUCUACCGUCAUAAAUCCAGUUCGAAAUCGCUGCGGGAUGAGAACUGUAAAAUCAAGCGGACGGACCGCGAACAGCCCCACAAGGACCCACCCGUGACAGCUGCUUUUGAGAAACUGAGGUAAUGCUGCACCAAACUGGCUGGAAUGCCCCUAACCUCCCUCCCACCUGCUAGGCCCGCUGUUCCUCAGUUUUUCCUUCCUGAAAGCAAAAGUUGCAUGAAAAAAAAAAAAAAAAAAAGACAUUCCCCUUUUACAGUUUUGGUUGGUUUUGGUUUUGGGGUUGGUUUCUUUUUUUUUUGUUUGUUUGGUUUGGUUUUUAUUAUUAUUUUUAAAUGCAUGAAAAUACUUAUGACUUGCAAGCUACCUAAAAGAAUGACCAAUUUUCUGGCUUGGCUGGGGUUAAAAAAACUAACAAGGCUACUCUUUUCUGCUGUUUGGCUUCUUCAGUUUUUAAUUACUUCUUUAUUGGGGAAAAACAAAAACAACAAAAAAAACAUGAUUACACGAUCUUUUUAAUGAUUUUGAGGAGGAAAGACUUUUUUUUUUUUUUUUGGAACAUUUUGUAAAAAAUAAACCACAAAAAAAAAAAAAAGAGGUUCUGCAUCCAAAAGCCAAGAUCUUGAAACUUAAAGGCUCUUUACUUUGCAAAUGAGAACUUGUUCCUAACUGAGCUUCACGUGGCAAUUUUUGAGUGCUUUCUGGCCCCCUCUGCUGUUGUAUCUCCUAACCUGCAUCAUCUAAAGCUGCAUCUUCUCUACCCGCCCGCCUUUAGCACGUUCGCUCCGUCGUGGUGACUCCAGACGAGCUAACUAAGAUGGCAUCAAAUGUUUGAUUUUUUCCUGCAGGGAAUCAGACUCCAUUCUUCUUAAAGCAGAAACAACAUUUUUGGGUUUUCCUGUAUUUGAAGAAGAGACUCCCUUUUCUAGAAAGACGGUUGAUGUUUGGUUCUUUUCUUACCAUUUCUUUUUCAGUUGGGUUUGUUUUUUUUUUCCCGUCGGUUCCUUUUCGAAAUCUGCCUUGUGGUCUGUUGAAAUGUAAGUGCUGAAAUGAAGAGUUUGAAAUUGUGGGAAUUUUAUUAUUUGAAAGCGAACCUAAUCUGGUAUUCUCUGUGAAAGACUGUUUUAAAAGUCAUACUGUUGUACAGUAGUUUAUGCACUAUUACCCACAACAACAAAAAAUUGUGCCAAACUAUGAACAAGUGACUGUAUUGUAUAUAUUUUUACUUCUCUAUCAACAUUGGGUUGUGAGUGUUUUCUGCAGCUAUGCCUUUUGGUUUUACUAGAAACAUUCCAGUUGUUAAGUACUAACCACCCCCCUUCGAAAGCACCUGUAACUCACGAUGAAAACGAUCUUGUUCACUGAUACAACUUACCAAAAGUUUUAUGGACAUGACUAAAAGUGUGCCAAAUUUACUUACCUCAUUUCAUGGAUUCACCCUGUGGUUUAAAGCUCAUAAAGGGAAAAAAAAAAAGGAAAAAAAAAAAAGAGAGAAAGUUUAAAAAAAAAAGGGAGGGGAAGGAAAAAGGAACUUUGAAAGCGAUGCUGGGAAAUGGUAACAUCCUCUCUUUGAAACCACGAGCGGAUAAACUUAAUGGUGAAAUGUUGAGUUUCAUUCUAGGAGAGAGUUGCAAUGGUGGAGGAGUUCAGAAAACCACUGACGGUAAGUUUGCCAGGAACUCAAGUGUCUGCAUCUAGAGACUACAGAACAGCUGCUUUUCAAGUGUCUGUUUUCUUAAAGCAAAACCUGUAGCUGAAGAUCAUUUGAAAUGCAAAGUUACAUUGCUAAUUCUUUGUAUCUCAGUUUUAUAUAUUUUAUAAGAACCUGGGAUAAAUUCUAAAAUAGGUAUAAAAACAGAACUAAUACAUUUCAUACAUUGAUUGCUAUUUACUUUUCCUUUGAGUAGUUUCUUAAACAUUUUUGAUGCAGAGCCUGUCAGAAGCGCUCUCCCAUCAUAGCUUUGGUGUUUCCUCAGUGUCUAACCUUGCGAUGCCAAUAUAUAGUUUGAACUUUCAAAAGCAAAGUAAUUCAUUUUAAAUACAACUCUGAACCUUUUCUUUGAUUCAGUUCAUAAAAAAAAAAACCAACGGAGCUAUUUGUAAUCUCACCGAUCAGGGCCGGAUCAUCCAUGACUGGACUUUAUUAAGACAGCGUUAAGUAUUGAAUGCUAAAUGUAUUCUCAAAAGGCCUUAUUUGUAACCCUACUCACCACACCCUUGCCCUCCACGAGAAUAACAAACCCGACCAAUAUCUAUUUUCCUUGUGCAACUGAGAGCCUGUGAGUUUUGCUGCUGAUUUCUUACGAAAAGCCUUGAUAUGCAAGAGCCCUGCGAACUGGGAGCGAUUGGGAGCAGAGGGAUGCGAGGCUUGGACGUGAUUAUGCAAUAGAAAACGAUGAGGAAGAGGAGCCUUAAUAAAGCAUGGGACGGCUCACGUUGUCGAUGUGCUCACGAGCAGAGAUGGUUCCCACGAUGGCAGGACUGGGCUCAGGUUCCCUUACUUAGGAGGUCGUUUUCUGCCCACGCGCAAGGCGAAGCAGCAGGAGUGGUUUAAGUUAAUUUUUUAGCAAAAACACCGGAGCGAGCACUUGUAAUCAAAGUGGAGAUGCAGAGUGUUGGUUUGAAUCAAAAUGGUUCCAGCACUUGCAGGUGUUGAGGUGUAGCUGAGGCUCAGCUCUGUGAUCCCAAAGAGAACAGCUCAGCAGUCGUGUUGUGCUUUAUUUAACAGAUGAAAGAAAGAACUCUGGGAAAAAAAAAAAAUUAGAAACCCCAUCCUUUCAGUUCAUUUUUUUCUUGGAAUAAAUGCUGGCAUUGCCCGGAGUGCUCUGGAUGAGGGUGGUCCCUGGGUAUCUCACAGGGUGCAUCAUCCCACCCCAGCUCUGGCUCCAGGAGGGAGAUCCAGAAGAUGUUCAGGAUUUAUUUUGGAGACAAGAGCUGAGGUAGGGCUCCAUCCGCGGGUGCUGGGCUUGCCUGCAGCCACCGUGCUCUCCCCACUUCCCCAGCAGCUCUUUUCUAUCCGUAGGCUCAUCAGAUACUACAAGCUCCAGCCACUGCUGUGGUGUUGGCACAUCCCAUUUUUUACAGCGUUCCUCCCAUGUGCUGCAGGAUGAGGGGCUGGCAUCUCCCUCCUUUCAGAUGUUCUGGCUGCUGCUUUUACGGAGACAGAUCAAGUCCAGGGCUGGGAUGUGGCACAGACCUUCUUUUGACUUCAAACCCUUAUAUGAAAGCACAUUUCACCUGGCCUGCACUGUGCUUGUUGUGCUCAAUGUUAUGAAUAUGGGACUUGUAAUAAAACACCUUGUACAGGAGUGGAUAGCAAUAUUUAUUGCAUUUGAGAAAUGUGCAAUAGGGCAUGAAGAUCAGGCGUAAAACAUAUCGACUAUUUUAUUAUGUCUCAGCGAUCCAUGAAAACCCAGCUCAGUGUUUCAGGACGGUGGUAGUCACAAAUACCAGCUGCCUUGUUGCUCUCUCUUUUAUUCCUGCUGCUCUGAUUUCACUGCCAUCUUUGGUGGUCAUCCCAUCUCCACCCCAGAAGUCUCUGUUAAGCAGCCUGGGUGCCUCAUGGUGUGGCACUGGCCCUUCCCGGGGUUUGACAAAGUCAUCCCUCUGCUGCUUCACCCCAAAAUUUGGAAACUGUCUUGAGCCAACCAUUUACCCUCUUCUCUCUUGAUCUUCAUGGAAUAUUUGGGUUUAAAGGGACCUUUAAAGGUCAUUUAGUCCAACCACCCUGUAAUGAAGAGGGACAUCUUCAACUAGACCAAGUUCCUCAGAGCUCUGUGUGAGUGACCUUCAGCGCUCCCAGGGCCAUCCCUGGCAGUCACAGCUUCUCUGGGCAACCUGUGCCAGUGUUUCACCACCCUCAUAAAAAAUUUCUCUCUCAGGUCCUUCUCCGCAGGGCUGCUCUCAAUCCCUUCAUCCCCCAGCCUGUGUGGAUUCCAGGGAUUGCCCCAUCCCCAGUGCAGCACCUCUUAUUUGGCCAUGUUGAACCUCACAAGUUUCCCAUGGACCCACUUCUCGAGCUUGUCCAGGUUCCUCUGGCUGUCACUCCGUCCCUCAGGCGUGUCAGCCACACUGCUCAGCUUGCUGUCAUCUGCACGCUUGCUGAGGGUGACUCGUUCCCACUGUCUGCAUCACUGGUGAAGAUACUGAACAGCACCAGUCCCAGUAGGGACCCCUGAGGGACACCACUGCUCACUGAUAUCCAUAUGGACACUGAGCUGUUGGCUACCACCCUCUGGAUGUGAUCAUCCAACCAAUUCCUCGUCUUCUGAACAGUCCAGCCAUCAAACUCAUCUCUCUCCAGUUUAGAAAGAAGGAUGCUGUGGAGGACUGUGUCGAAGGCCUUACAGAAGUCCAGAUGAAUGACAUCUGUAGCACUUCCCUUGUCCACUGAUGGAGUCACCCCCAUCAGAGAAGGCCACUGGGUUGGACAGGCAGGACUUGCCUGUGGUGAAGCUGUAUAGGAUGUCCCAAACCUUGUCCUUCAGGAGCCUCAGCAGAGCUUCGGGGAGGGUCUGUUCCAUGAUCCUCCCAGGCAGAGGUGAGGCUGACAGGUCGGUAGUUCCCAGGGUCCUCCUUUUUAUACUUGUUCAGAAUGGAUGCAGUGUUUUGCUUUUCUCAUUCUCCACGACUUCACCUGACUGUCAUGACUUUCUAGAUGCCAUGGAGAGUUGGCAGCUACAUCAGCCAGUUCCCUCAGGACUGUGGGAUGCAUCUCAUCAGGUUCCAUAGACUUAUGUACGUUCAGGUUCCUCAGGUGGUCACAGACUUGAUCUUCUCUCACAGUGGGAGGGACUUUGCUCCUGCAGUCCCUGUCCUGUGGUUCAUCCACUCAAGGGUGGUGGGAAGAGAGGUUGCCUCAGCCUUCUCUUCUGUUGAUACCCCUUUGCCAGUCUUGUUGCACCUUCUUUGACCCUCCCUUUUCAGUCUGUAGAAGCCCUUCCUGUUAUUCUUGCCAUCUCUUGCCAAGUUCAGCUCCGUCUGCCCCUUGGCCUUCCUCACCCCAUCCCUACACAACCUGGAAGCAUCCCAGUACUCUUCCCAGGAUACCUCUCCCUGCUCCCACUGCCUGUGCAUUUCCUCGUGCCCUUCAGUUGGGACCAGCAGGUCCUGACUCAGCCAUGCCAGUCUCUUGCCUGCCUUGCCCAGUUUUUUACACCUGGAGACUGAGAGCCCUUGUGCUCUAUGGAAAACAUCCUGAAAGAUCUGCCAGCUCUGUUCUGCUCCCUCGUCCCUGGGGGCAGUUUCCCAGGGGAUCCUAUUGACUAACUCCUCGCAGAGCUGGAACUUUGCUUUCCUAGAAGUCAUCGCCACCUGCCUAUCGCUACCUCAAGGUUUUCAUCACUUCCCACCUUUGCCUCGUCCCUUACUGUACAAGCUCCUGUUUUCCAUUUGCCCUUCUUGGUGCAUUUUUGUUUCUCAUGGCACAGCUCAGAGCUGUGGCAGGGCUGGGAGGUGGGUCCCAUCCAUCCCUGCCCACCACCCACACACCCAGGGCUCCCUGUGCCUGCCCGCACUGGCUCCCGUCUCGGCCCAUCCUCUUGGCCAGUCCCAGUGCAACUCCCAUCCUUCUCACACCUUCGAGUUGGGCUCCUGGCUGAGGUGACAAAGGCAAGCCACAUAAAACAUGUUUAAUCUGCAGCAUCUUUUCUACUUUAUCUCAUUCCGCUCCUACUCUGGCGUGUCCCACUGAGCACUGGUGUUUGGGGCACUUAAAACUGGCAGUGACAUUAAAAAGCAGAAACCAUCUGCUUCCAAAGCAUGGUAAUAAAGUCUGUCCAAGAGGAGAACAACACAGGGCAGUGCAGCUCGAGCCCUUGGCUCUUGCUCAUCUCAGAGCUGGAGCAGGAGCUGCCUGUGAGCUGGGGAGGGUGGCACUCCCCGCUGUCCCAUGGGGUGUGACUGUCCCGGGGUCUGGGAAAGGAUCCCUUCUCUGUGCCAGGCACAGAUGUCCUGCAGCAGCAGAGCAGGAGCCAGCCCACCCCACAGCCAGCGUUUGCUGGACACACUUGCAUGUAGAGGUUUUGUAAAUAGAAAAAAUAUCGCUGAUGGGGAUCCAGUAAAAACCUAUUGGGUUUUUAUUUUAAAAAAUCUUACCAGGUUUACAUCUUGGGUUGUUGGUUUUUUUUCCAAGCAUAAGAGGGUGGAUGUUUUUGAAAAAAUGUCUUGAGAAUAAUGGCUUGCAGACCAGAGGUAGCCAGGCAUUUUGGGAAGAGGAGGAGGAAGAGGAGGAGAAGGAGGGCAGGGGCAGCCACAGGGCUGUCCUGUCCACACUGUGCCAUCUGACUGCUCGGAGAGGAAAAGCCAAGGCCAGCUCAGCCUGGCCAUGGUUGCUUUGAGAAACCAUUGUUGCUCUGUUUGCUCUUUUAAAAAGUCAAGAUUGCUGUUAAUUUUUUGGCAUUAUGGCUCAAAUGAGCCACCAACCAAAAUAAAGAUGUUUGAAGCAUUGUCAUCCUUUACCUGCUGGACCACAUUCUUUCCCCAAGCUCCCAAUCUAGCCAAGCACUUAGGUGGGAGCUUGCUCCCCAGGGCUCCUGCUCCCCAAGUGCUUUCCUGGCUGGCUGGUGAUGUCAAAUCCCAAGAAAAACUCCCUUGAAGUCAGUGUAAGUGAGAAGAGAUUCAGGUGCGUGGGCUUGGGUUGGUGCAGGAUCAGGCCCUCGGUCUUUUCUCACCUCAGUGUGUUGGAUUUGCCUGUGCAGCUCCCAGGGGGCCCAGUGGAGGUUGCAGGUUCAAGCCGCUGACAUCUGUCUGAGAAUGUGCCUCUUUAGCUCUUCAGCGUGUGAAAUAAUGCAAAAAAAAAAAAAAAAAAAAAAAAAAAAAAAAGAAAAA